UUUUAAUUAAAUUCAUUUGUUUAUUAUUUUUUAAGAUAGUGUUUUCACAUUUACCCGAAAAUGUUUUCAUAAUUUCAAUGCAAAUUGGCAUGGUGUACGGUUUUCGGUAGGUGGAUGCUUGAUGGUGUUCAUUUUAAGAGCGAUUCAUAAUCGCUGAGGUGGUGUUGGUAUAACAAGAACAAAAUCGAAAAAAUUCAAAACAAAAAAAUUAUAUAAUAAAUUACUUACGACGAAAAAUUUAAUAAACAUUUAUACAACAAUGCAAACGUCAUCGCAACAAUCAGUUGGUGGGGCAACAAUACAGCAACAACAACAACAACAACAACAACAGCAUCAACAAUCAAAUACACCACCAAUAUCAACAUCAAACAACAAUAAUAAUUCAACAAACACGAAUACAAAUACAAAUUCGACAACAACUCCCCCACAACAUUUCUGUUUACGAUGGAACAAUUACCAAACAAAUUUAACAAAUGUAUUCGAUCAACUGUUACAGAACGAAUCAUUUGUUGAUGUAACGCUAGCAUGUGACGGGCACAGUGUUAAAGCACACAAAAUGGUGUUAUCCGCAUGUAGCCCGUACUUUCAAUCGCUAUUCUUCGAUAAUCCAUGUCAACAUCCGAUUAUAAUAAUGCGUGAUAUUAAAUGGCCUGAGCUGAAAGCGGCCGUCGAAUUUAUGUACAAAGGUGAAAUAAACGUGUCACAAGAACAAAUUGGACCUUUAUUAAAAGUGGCGGAAUCGUUAAAAAUUCGUGGAUUAGCGGAUGUAAAUGGCGGUGGAGUGAAUGAGAAUGAGAGCUUAUUGGCAACAACUGCACCCACAGCACCGACAAAUUAUCAUCAAAAAUCAUCGUCUGCAUCGUCUUCUUCGUCGUUGAAUAACAAUCGUCCUCGCUCGAGAUCGAAUCGAUCGAAUAUGGAGAAUAGUUGGCAAUCACCCACUAACCCGUCAGAGAAUCGAAUACCAAUGAUAACACCACCGUCACAACAUCAUUUAUCACAUCACCCGGAUGAUUUUGAUGAUGAUAAUAUGCAGAUUGCAACAUCACCACAAUCGAUCGGAGGUGCUGGAACACCACCAUCGACAUUGACGCCUCGUUUAACAAAUAAUAGUUUAAGUAAAAAGCGGCGACGAUACUCGAAUGAACAACGUUCACGUGAGUCGUCGAGUUGUCGUUCAUCACCAGCUAUCGGUGGUGCGGAUCGAUCAGGUGGUGGUGAUAAUAUCGAUUAUCAACAUCAAAUUGAUUUAUCAUCCCCAAUGCAACAACAACAACAACAUCGUGAUAUGUUACAUUCACCAUCGUCAUCAGUCGGCGGUGGUGGUGUAGUACCCACACCACCACCCCCACCAUUGGUAGCACCUCCGCCUCCCCCAACACCAUCACAUACACCACGAACACCUACACUAUCAACACCAGGACCAACACCCACUCCACCUGGAUUGGUGGGUGCGGGUGGUACCAGUUUAUCAGUAUCGAUAUGUAAUGACCGUGAGAGAUCAACACCCGUACAACUGUCAAUGUUUAAUGAACAAAUGUCACAAUUAUCACGUCAAAUGAGUGGUGAUGGUGGACCGAUGUCGUCUCCGUCAGCGUCAUCUGUCGUUGCAGCGCACCAUCAUCAACAGCAGUUGGCCGCGGCUGCUGCAGCUGCUGCCGCCGCACACCAUCAGCUGUCGUUAAGCGGUGGUGGUGCUGGUGGUGGAAGUAAUAUACAUCCGGAUGAUAUGGAAAUUAAACCUGGUAUUGCUGAGAUGAUACGUGAGGAAGAACGAGCUAAGCUGUUAGAAUCAUCACAUGCUUGGCUCGGCGCCUCCACGUCAUCUAUAGCAGGUAAUCAUACAGACAGCUACCAGUACCAAUUACAAUCCAUGUGGCAAAAAUGUUGGAACACAAAUCAAAGUCUGGUACAUAACUUGCGAUUUCGUGAGCGUGGACCAUUAAAAUCAUGGCGACCGGAAACAAUGGCCGAAGCAAUAUUCUCAGUAUUAAAAGAAGGUUUAUCAUUAUCACAAGCAGCGCGCAAAUAUGAUAUACCAUAUCCUACUUUUGUAUUAUACGCAAAUCGUGUACAUAAUAUGUUGGGACCAUCAGCGGAUGGAGGUGCAGAUUUACGACCGAAAGGUCGAGGAAGACCCCAAAGGAUAUUGUUAGGGGUAUGGCCUGAUGAACAUAUUCGAGGUGUGAUACGAGCUGUAGUGUUUCGAGACUCUCAUCAAGCUAUUAAAGAAGAAGCUCAAUUAGCUGCAGCAUAUCCACGAUUACAUGAUGGUCUAAGUAUACACAGUUAUGGUACGCCUGGAUCAUGUAGUAGUAAUGGGGGACCUGAUCCGAGUGUAUCACCUGGGGCAGCUGCUGCUGCAGCUGUAGCCGCUGUAGCACAAGGCUUACGUCAACAAAUGUGUAGUAUGGUAGCAGCAGCUCAACAUCAUGGAGGUGGGAGUUUAAGUGGUCUAAUACCUGGAAUGAUGUCACGCGGUAGUCCAACAGAUUCUGCUCAUGAUUUACGAAUAAGUCCUGCAGGAUCACCGUUAGAUACCCCGUUGUCAUCCCCGUUAGCAUUAGUUGACGCACCAGCAUUAAAUUUAGCAACUAUUGGAAGCAGUGUGGAAGUGGGAAUUGGAGUAUCGGGUAUGGCAUAUAAACCACCUAGACGAUAUUCAACGCCCACGUCGGAACGAUCUUUAUUCCAAGAUGAAAUCGAAGAUUUAGUAAAAAGUCCAUUAGAAUUAACAUCACCGCGUAUGACGCAACUACCAACAGAUCCAAAAGAUGUCCAAAUUAAAAUGGAACCCAUGACAGAAUGUCGGAGUGAAUGAGAUAAAUAUGAACAAAUGAAGAAGCCAUAUUAUUGUAGCAUUAUUAGUCCAACAAUAAUAAUCCAUUAAAACAACAUCCUAGUGGAGUAGUUGGAUAAAACCGAUUAAAAAGAUCAGCUACAAUCAACAAA